AAAAGGACAAAAGAAAAGUGAAAAAGAAGCUCAUUCUCUCUUUCACUCCAACUAUGGUGUCUCACUCUCUUUCCCAAUUCUCCUCCUUUUUGCUGUUGCUUGUUCCCUUGCUUUUUCUUCCGCAUCCGGUUCUCUCUCAGUGCAAGAGACCGCCCGUUAUCUUCAACUUCGGCGACUCCAACUCGGACACCGGCGGGCUCGUCGCCGGACUCGGUUUCCCUGUCGAUUGGCCCAAUGGCCGCACCUUCUUCCGCAGAUCAACCGGCAGGCUCUCCGAUGGUCGCCUCCUGAUCGACCUCCUCUGCCAGAGUUUGAAUACGAGUUAUCUGAGCCCAUACCUAGACUCCUUGGGGUCCAAAUUCACAAAUGGAGCAAACUUUGCAGUGGUGGGGUCCUCUACUCUCCCCAAAUAUGUCCCCUUUUCUUUGAAUAUUCAGCUCAUGCAGUUCCUUCGUUUCAAGGCUCGCACCCUUGAACUUGUUACCACAGGUUUGGGAAACAUGAUCAAUGAUGAGGGCUUCCAGAAUGCUCUUUACAUGAUUGAUAUGGGACAAAAUGACAUUGCUGAUUCAUUCUUGAAGAACCUAACCUAUGCGGAAGUCGUUAAAAGAAUCCCAUCAAUCAUUACAGAAAUCAAGAAUGCUGUCAAGACCUUAUAUGAUCAUGGGGGGAGGAACUUUUGGAUACACAACACUGGACCAUUGGGUUGUCUGCCUCAAAAACUGUCAUUAGUUGAAAAGAAGGAUUUGGAUCCUCAUGGAUGUCUUUCUAGUUACAAUUCUGCUGCAGGAUUGUUCAACGAAGGACUGCGCCAUUUAUGCCUAGAGAUGAGAUCUGAACUAAGGGAUGCUAAUAUAGUCUAUGUAGAUAUAUAUGCCAUCAAGUAUGAUCUCAUCGCCAACUCCACCGAAUACGGUUUCUCAAGUCCCCUAAUGGCAUGCUGCGGCAAUGGAGGUCCUCCAUACAAUUACAAUAUAAGGGUGACAUGUGGGCAUCCUGGCUCUCAGGCCUGCGAGGAAGGAUCUAAAGUUGUAAAUUGGGAUGGGAUCCAUUACACAGAAGCUGCAAAUUCCUUUGUAGCAUCAAAAGUACUUUCCACAGCUUAUUCUACACCACGUACAACGUUUGAUUUCUUUUGUCGUGGUUAGGGAAAUGAUUAGUGCGCAAGCCAUGAAGUUAAUAAUGUAUCUCUUUUUUAUAGUAACGAUGAAACAGGCAGGUUGGUCUUUGUAAAAGGGUUGAUUUUUGUCAAUGUCAAGCAAAAGAGUGCAUGGAAGAGUUACCUCCAUAUCCACCAACUGUAUUGUUUGAUAUAAAUAAAUAUUGCUUUUUUUUUCUU